AUGCAAUGCUCCUGCUCACAAUGCAUCCACAGAGAUGUCAUCUCCUUCUCGGCAAUUUUCGUUUGGUGCGGUUUCCAAACGGGUAACUUUGUCCAGCUUGCUAUCGCCCUAGCGCGUCUCUUCAACGGACCUUCGGGGUCCCGAGACACUUGGUUCCACAGAGCCGAUCAACAAGCACUAACCUCGCUAAUCUCCUUCAACGCAGGCGCGUUCAUAGGGCGCAUUGGCGACCGUGUGGGUGCCCACAAGCGUAUAUGGCUCAUCGGCGGCACCUUCAUCCAGGCUAUGCUUACCAUGGCUGCUGCUAUCAUUUUUUGGAAGAGCGGCCAACCGAGUAUAUCGAACGCUAGAGACGAUCCGGCGUGGAUAAGCGUGGAGACGUUCGUUGGUCUCGCAUUCAUGAGUGCUAGUCUGGGUGUUCAAGGUAUCUUGGGGAAAAGACUAAAUACUCAUUUCGGAACUACCAUCGUACUCACAACUAUCUGGGUGGAGCUCAUGUCUGACCCACGCCUCUUUCGUCUCCGACAACGCGUGACGACGCGAGAUCACCGACUUAUCGCUGCAGCCUCUCUAUUCACCGGUGCCUUCGUCGGCCGCGCCAUAGUACAGAAAAUUGGUACCGCCGGAACGCUGGGAAUUGGCGUUGGCUUCAGGAUUCUCAGCUGCUUCACGUGGCUUUUCGUACCCACCAAGCGUGGUAUCAUGCUCCCUCCCACCGACGCUGAGUGA